UGAUCAUUGAACUCGUACUUUGACACUAUCAAGUGCAGACACUAGUCUUCAACACAACUUCUCACGAUUUCCUGUCCGAGAAUUAAAACAAAAAUCAUCAUAAACGAGAACCAAGUUUGACUAAUUAUGUUUAUCGACUAUGUUCUCUGUCGAUGUCUAUUCGACUGAAAUUCAUCUGGCGCAUUAAUCAUCAGAGGACAACAACAGAUGUCGAGGUGUUUUGAGAAUUGGAAGGCAACCUGAUACCUCCAUAAUUCUGAAUGCGCCCCGAUUUUAGAUAUGCACUGUGAGGCCAGACUUUAUUAUCUGCGGGAAACUGUGAAUAUUCUUGAUCUUGCAAUCGGGCGAAUUGGAAGGUCAUUAGCGCUGUGUUUUUGCUGAUAACGAUACUGUAUCUCAGGAGUCAGACAAUUUAUACCAUUUUGGGGGCAGACGUCACCAGGAAUGUACAAUGGCAGCUACUACUAUAGAGACAGUUCGAGGACCGGUGAAACUCUCCCAAUUAGGGAGGACACUAACUCACGAACAUCUAGCCCUGGAUUUCCAUGCAUUUUACGUACCUCCACCGAAGGCCCUGGUCAAUAAUUUCCAGAAAAAAAUUGCAUUGAAUAAUGUCGGAUACGUCAAGCAGUAUCCAUACAGCAGUCGCUACAACGUGAAUUUCUACGACGAGGAUGCGAGUAAAGCUGUCAUAGAAGAUGUCACGAUUUAUAAGAAGCAUGGAGGUGGUACAAUCGUGGACAACACUACUUGUGGUAUCCAAAGGGACCUUUCUUUGAUGAAGAAAAUUAGUGACGACACUGGGGUUCAUGUCAUUGUCGGCACUGGUUAUUACGUGGAAGCCACGCAAACUCCGAGUACUCUAAAGUUAACCGAGGAGCAGAUGCACGAUGUCAUGAUGAAGGAACUGACCGAAGGAUGCGCGGAUUAUCCUGAGAUAAAAGCGGGAUUUAUAGGGGAGGUUGGAAGUUCAUGGCCGAUCACUGAUUUUGAAAAAACUGCAAUUCGUGCAACAGCAACGGUCCAACGUCAGUUGGGCUGCCCUGUGACUUUUCACCCUGGGAGAAACCUUCAGGCGCCGUUUGACAUCAUGAAUAUUUAUUUGGAAGCUGGUGGGGACCCGAAGAAGGCAAUAAUGUCUCAUCUAGAUCGAACAAUCAAAACCAAGGAAGGAUUGCUGGAGUUUGCGAAAUUGGGCUGCUACUGUCAAUUCGAUCUCUUCGGGAUCGAGUGUUCGUACUAUCAACUGGAUGAAUCCACUGAGAUGCCUUCAGAUGCUGAGCGUCUGAAUAGGAUCAAGUGGAUUUACGAUGAACGGUCUACUGACCAGCUUCUGAUGAGUCACGACAUUCACACCAAACAUCGGCUAAUAAAUUUCGGAGGUCACGGAUAUUCUCAUAUUCUGAUGAACGUCCUUCCCAGGAUGUUGAACAGAGGAUUCACCGCCAGAGACAUCGAUAUGAUCACUAUCGAAAAUCCGAGGGCCUGGCUCACGUGGGGAAAUAAUUAACUCAUGCUGAGGAUUUUUUAUCAUCUCUGUACGCAGAGAACAAUUCCGUAAAAGUUACGUGGAAAAAAAUGAAAAUUAUGUCUUAAUAACCUUUUCCGUAAUUCCAGAGCUAAAACGGUUAAGGAAAAUUCUAGAGAAUAACAACAGAAUUUAUACCUUCGACAAUAAAGCUGGAGAGCGUGGCAAUGGAAGGCAAUAAACCAUUGAAACUCUGCGUAAAUUACCACCACAGCUUGUAUCCUCAUACAUUGACUGGACUAAUAGUUCCCGGAAAAAAUUGUAAACAUUAUACGAAAAAUAAUUGAAUAGAUAAAAACAUUCGCCAGAAAUACCGAGAGAUAUCUUUACAAAAUUUUAUUGGUAUAAAUUUUUUGAUUAAUUUUUCUAUAACAAUUUUAAAAGACUAGAACAUUGUUGAUACUAAAUCAUGUGGAAAAAUCGAAUUCUAUUGUCUUUUCCCAUUAAAUAUUUUUUAACGAACAUUUCAAUAAAAUCGUCUCUUUGGCGCCUCAA